CAUAAGUGUUCACUGACUGCAGUGAUGAUGGCAGCCUCUGCAGAUGUCCACGUACGAAUAUGUGAGCAAGAAAUCAUCAAGUAUGACUUAGAAAUAAAAGCUUUCAUCCAGGAUGUCAGUGAAUGCACCGGACCACAAAGCAAACUGACAGAUUUAAAUUAUAAAGUGAAAGAAAAAUUUAACAAUCUCAGACAACGGAUCCAGGAUCUGGAGCAAAUGGGAAAAGAACAAGACAAAGAGUCUGACAAGCUGGCCCUUCUCAAUAAAGUAGAAAGACAUCAGAAACAGAUGCUUAGUAAUCAAACAGCAUGGAGAAAGGCAAAUCUUGCCUGUACAUUGUCCAUCGAUAAACUGGAGAAAGAAGAUUUAUUAAAUUCAGAGAACAUGUCUGUAAGACACAGAAAAAUGACAAAAGAGAGCCUGGCUCAGACCUCCAGUGACAUAACCGAGAGUUUGAUGAGCAUCAGUCGGAUGAUGUCACAACAAGUUCAGCAGAGUGAAGAGACCAUGAGCUCACUUGCAACUUCAUCAAGGACAGUGCAGGAAACUCACGAAGAGUUUAAAGCUAUGUCAGGAACCAUACAGCUGGGCCGAAAACUCAUCAUUAAGUACAAUCGGCGGGAACUUACAGAUAAGCUGCUUAUUUUCCUGGCUCUCGCUCUCUUCUUGGCUACAGUAUUGUACAUUCUGAAGAAAAGACUAUUCCCUUUCUUUUGAGAAAAAACCAAAAUAUGCAUAAAAUGUUGUAUAUGACAGUACAGGUUAAAUGUCCACAUCGUUUCAAAAUGAAGAGAAUUGCACAUUGAUAUAUAUAUGUAUAGUUUACACAAAGUGAAAAUUCAUGUCAUCAUUACUCACCCUCAUGUUGUUUUAACAACGUACAAGUUUAUUUACCAGCGUCUUGUGUUACACUUAAUGGGUGAGCUAUGCUUUUUAAGCUUUUUCUUUUUUUGUUAAAUUUUGCUUUAUUCUUUAUGAUUUAAAGGACUGAGAGACUAUAAAGUCACCACAAAGUAGAAAAUCUAGUUUUUACUAGUAAAUCUGUAACUAACUUGUAGUUGGAUGUCAUAUGUGUCAUUCUUUAAUUUAUGUACCAUAACUCGUUAUUACUGUAAAUAAAUAUUUAAUAUAUUUAUUU